GCAAGUAUAACCCCCUGGCGGUCUCCCAUCGCCAUUGUAUGUACCUCGCCCACUCUAUUUAUUAUUUAUGCUGAAGAAACAGCCAUACAGGCGGCAGCAGCAGCAGCAGCAGUAGCAGCAUUGCUAAAAGCGGCAGCAGAGCCAUGGCAGCUGUUGAACAUACCUUUCACGGUACAUGGGAGAUUGUUUCCUGUACGUUUGAAGGCAAAAAAGAAAUAUCCGGUUUGGAAGGCAUAAAAUUCCGUUUGGAUGAUACCAGUGAUAUAACGUGGUACAAUGAUUUGGUCAGCCCCCUGCCGGAAAGCAAAGACUGUGGGAGUUGCUGUGAUUCGGCCAGCGUCCUUUUCAGCUGUGAAACAUUCGAGGUCAAUGAGAAUAAUCCACGAUUGAUAUUUGGUGCUUUUGCGGGACACAGUAUUGAAUUUAAUACCACAACUUUAGCACCCUCGGAUACAUUGAUAUUGUUUUGUGAAAACUGGUAUGCUGUGGAAUGCAAGCGCUUAAAAGAAGGUCAGGCAGCAGGGCAGGAAAAGGAAUUUUCCUUUGGAGAGGCACUGAGUGAUUCUUACUUUUCUGAUGUCAUCAUUAAAAGUUCUGAUGGGUGUGAGUACCAUGUUCAUGCCGCCAUUCUAAGGCUAAACGGAUUUGAUUGCAGCAUGUGCGUUCAUCAUUCCAGCACUAUAUCGAUACCUCAGACAGUAAGUCGAACACAGGAUACACUCAUGGUGAAAGCCAAGGAAAAUGCCAGUGUACCAAAUUCUCCCAAUCCCAUUAAAAUAUCGGUGACUACACCGCAUACGAGCAGUACACAAGCCACUCUAGAAGCUCAUCAUCAAAAAUCGUUACCCCGCCUAAAUCUAUCGCCCAUUUAUCUACAACCCCCCACAGAGCAUGCUGUGCUGGGGGGUGGAGGUGGCACAACCGGCAUGAAAAUGCAGCAACAACAACAUCAUCAUCAGCUAUCUUCCUCCUUUAAUUGCCUUUCCACUAAACCUCAGCAAAAUGGUAGCAGUCUCAACUUGCUUAACAUCGAGGGAGGCAUGAGGCGAUUUCCACCAACCUCACACUCCGAUUCCCAUCUGGAGAAUCAUAAUCUACAGCCUCAGCCGAAAAAUAUUUUCAAUUUUUGUCAGGAUGUAAUGUUGCAACAAACUUCGGAAGUGUGUAGCUCGAGUAGCUGCAAUACCAGGAGACCUCCGCUGUCACCAUUUAGGGCCAGAUCUCCUUCACCAUUUCCCAGCUCCAUGGACACCCCACCCUCAUCACCUUUGACACCGGUGGGAGUUUUAUAUGAUCUGCCUGCUUUCCUGCUGACUCCUAUACUGCAUUGGCUUUACACGGAGUCCCUAAUGCCCGAUAUGAAUGAGGAUGUUUGUGAGAAAUUGAUUAAUUUUGCCGAGGCUCAGCCUUCGCUAAUGAAAUUGGCUGAGCCGGCAAAAAAAUAUUUGAAAAUGAUCAAAUUAAAGAAAUUUGUUGUUAAUAUCAUCAUGGAUCUGCACAGUAUUCUGAAUCGUGUCAUACAAACCAUAAAUCCCGUCACAAUAUCACAUGAACCCGCCUUACUUUAUGCCACAUUUAAGGAUAGUUUAAGAGAAUGCUCUAUAGGAUGUGCCAAAAUUUUACAAUUUUGCAAUAUAUUUAUUAAGGAUGCGGCCGAUAUUGCUCGUUACCAAAAGAAUGAAAUCAUCAAAUAUGUCCGCACUCGUAUACCCAUAUUUAUGUCACAACUACAUCAAUUGCUUCGGAACAUUUUGAAUGUAUUUUUAAGUCUAACGCCUGAGGAAAAAGAUGAAUUAGCUAAUUACUUAGUACCUGAGAUUGAAAAAACUUUAUUGAUUUUAACUAGUGUGAUAGAGGAAAUCAAAAAUUCUUUAGAGAAAAUGUGUAAAGACUUGAAAUGCUCACAUUUAGAUUUAUCUAUGAAAUAUGCAACUGAUGAUGCAGUUGCUAUGCAAAUACAAAAUAAUACCUUCAUAACCGCCAACAAUCCGAUGGAAGAUGCCACGGUCACCACACUGUUCAGUCAGCCACCUCUGUCGCCAAGACCUCGUCGAGGGCCACCCAUAGGUCUGACGCUGUAUGAGAACCCUUCGGAUAAGCAACGUUUAAUGAGUGCCGAAAAUGAUUUGAAAUUUGUACUCUAUAUGUAUGAAGUGCGUAAGAUGAGGGAUAUAUAUGGUCGUAUAUCGGCUGCGUUGGAUAUAAUUAGGGAUAAAAAAAUUACUUAUUGCGAAAUGGAUUUCUUGUGCAAACGCAGCACCAUCCAUCAAAAUCUGGAACAAUUGAUCUUGGAUAUCCCUACUUAUAUUUUGAUUAUGGAAAACCUAUCGGAUCGCUUGGAGGAGAAAUUGGGUUGGAAAGAGUUUAAGUUUUGCUUUAAACUGGCCACAUCACAAAUUAAUGGGGUUAUUGUGAAAGUAUUUGAUCAUAAAUCUGCUUUGAAGGACGCCAUGAGCCAGAUCUGUAAACUUGUUCAAAAGCAGGAAUUCACUCAUACCCUAAUAGAGUUGGGUCUUUUGGAACCUUCGAAUAUAUUGGAAAGUGAAUUGAAUACAUUGCAAAGCGAAGACACAUUCGAAUUGAGUUUAGAUCCUUUGCUUAUGGAACGUACCCAAGAUCAUGAUUAUAAUAGUAUCAAGCUUAAUCUCAUCCGCCAUCUAUGCGAACCUCCCAUUGCGAUCAGCAGUAAUCUAUCGAAGAAUGCUUUACGUCUCCUGCACUCUGCUCAAUUAUCGGAUAUGGAAUUUGAAGUCCAUAUGUACUCACCACAGCCGGCACAUAGUACUGUGCCUAAUAUCAGUGUCAUGGAUAAAAAUUCCAUGGAUAUACAACUGAUGGCAUCCCAUAAAUCAUCCAUACAGGUGCAUAACUUUCGUGCUCAUCGUGUGAUUGUGGCAGCACGUUGUGAAUGGUUUAAAAAGGCUUUGAUGUCGGGAAUGCAGGAGAGUUUGACGAGGAAAAUUGUGGUCACCGAUUGUUCUCCCGUCAUCUUUCGCCGUCUUCUCUUAUACCUAUAUGGAGCUCCCAUUGAUAAGACAGUGGGAGCCGAGCAAAUUUGUGAAUUGAUGCUAUUGGCUGAUAAAUACUCUAUUGAAGAUUUAAAGGAAUUGUGUGAAAAUACUUUAAAUUCCCAAAUCGAUGAACAUUCGGUCUUAUGUCUACUGGGCAUAGCUGAUCAUUACAUGGCCUCGGCCUUAAAAUCCAAGUGUCUUUCAUUUCUAUCACAGAACUCUCAUUUAACAAAGGCUGCUAUGUUUAAGGAAUUAUCCAGACCAUUGCAACUUGAAGUAAUGGAUCUCAUUCAUUGGUACGGACGUGUUUCGGAACCCUGGUCAGAUGCCGGAGGCUUUAAGCCACGCAGUACCUCUAGACAUAGCCUCAAAAGUCCUUCGAAACCUCGAUCGCGUUCUAGAAAAUCAUCACCGUCUUUUAUGUGACACUGACUUUUAAGGCCAGAAGGACAUUAAUUUUAAGAGUAAAUCAAAAUCAAAGAACAAAUUAAGGAAACAUUAGAGAUAAAAUGAGCAAAAGAAAAACAAAAAAACUAUAGAAAUAAUUGAAGGAUAAGCGGUAAAUAAGGUAAC